CUUAGGAGACUUAGGUAUCGGUUGGUGUUACCAACCAGUACCUUAGGCUCAUCCAUGGAUUAUUUUAAAAGGAAAAUAUCUCUCUUCCCAUCAGAAGUGAUGUGUAGGUGAGAUGGUAAGAAAGGUGCAUGUGAAGUCAGAGAUCUUGAGUUCGAAUCCCAGCCAGACCUUUUUGACAAAAAUAUUUUGGUAAGAGAGUCUUAGGCACCGGUUCUUUUACCCGGUGCUGAUGACCCUAGCCAUUGGUACCACUUUCCGGGUACCGGUUGGAAAAACCGGUACCAAAGGCCCUCUUCAACCGAUGCCAAAGGUCUCUUUUCUAGUAGUGUACUAAGCAAUAAUUUCUUUUCAGGGGCCAUUCCGUCAUCCUUCUCAAACAUGUCUCAGUUAGAAGAGCUAGAUCUAGACUUUAACCGUUUUGAUGGACAGAUACCCCAAGCCCUUGGAAACCUCCAAAUGCUUAGAUUUCUGAACAUUCCCAAUAACAAUCUUCAUGGCAGCAUACCCAAGGAGCUCUUCAGAAUUUCAACAAUAGUGCAAAUUAUCUUAUCAUCCAACAACCUAGAUGGAACACUCCAUGAUGACAUUGGCAAUGCAAAACAGCUUACAUAUUUGCAUAUUUCAUCAAAUAAUAUAUCCGGAGAAAUUCCUAGAACUUUGGGUAACUGUGAAUCUUUGGAAGAUAUCAACCUCGACCAUGAUGCUUUCAGUGGAAACAUCCCCGCGUCCCUAGGAGGUAUAACUAGUCUACAAAUUCUUAACUUGUCUCACAAUAAUCUUACUGGAUCAAUACCAACGUCACUUGCAAACCUGAAACUUCUUGAGCUGCUCGAUUUGUCAUUCAACCACCUCAAUUGUGAGAUCCCAACAAAAGGAAUAUUCAGUAAUGUGACUGCCAUGUGGAUUGAUGGAAAUCCAGGGCUUUGUGGUGGGGCAUUGGAGUUACACCUGCCUGCGUGUCCUGCCAAGCCUUUGUACUCAAGUAAGCAGCAUCAAUCUAUUGUAUGGAAAGUGAUGGUCCCCUUAGCCACCCUUCUGUCACUUGCUAUGGUCGUAUCUGUAAUUGUGCUCUGGAGAGGAAAACAGAAGAGAAAGUCUGUAUCCUUGCCCACAUUUGGGAGCACAUUUCCCAAAGUUUCUUAUAAUGACCUGUACAGAGGAACUGAGGGAUUCUCGGUACACAAUUUAAUUGGCAAAGGAAGAUAUUCUUCUGUAUACCAAGGAAAACUAUUUCAAGACAGAACCAUGGUUGCUGUGAAAGUUUUCAGCCUCGAGACAAAAGGAACACAAAAGAGCUUUGUCGCAGAAUGUAAUGCCCUAAGAAAUGUGAGGCACCGAAAUCUAGUUCGUAUCAUAACGGCAUGUUCAAGUACUGAUUCAAAGGGAAAUGAUUUCAAAGCUUUAGUAUCCGAGUUCAUGCCAAGAGGUGACUUGCAUGCCUUAUUAUACUCAACUCGAGAUGACGGAGACAUUUCAGCUUUCACCCGUAUUACACUUGCUCAAAGGAUAUGCAUUGUGGUGCAUGUCGCAGAUGCGUUAGAAUACCUUCACCAUAACAAUCAAGGCGCUAUUGUUCAUUGUGAUCUGAAGCCUAGCAACAUUCUUUUGGAUGAAAAUAUGAUAGCUCAUGUCGGGGACUUUGGUCUUGCAAGAUUCAGAGUUGAUCCGACAACUUCAUCCUUCGCUGACGUGAUCUCCGCUUCUUCAAUUGCAAUAAAAGGAACAGUUGGAUAUGUCCCCCCAGAGUACGCAACCGGUGACAAUGUUUCAUGUGCUGGGGAUGUGUACAGUUUCGGAAUUGAGGAAUGUUAAGUACUCUAUUCUGCUUGUGAUGAGUGAAUUGUCAAUCGUGCGGUGUGAUCGUGCGCUUGGUCUUUGGAUUGCAGGUACAUGGGCAUCAA